AUGUCCAACUUCUUCGACCUCAAGGCCCGGAAAGCGGCCGCUGCUAAUGGAGCAGCAUCGAGCAGCACCGAGAAGCAAACUAGCGAAAACACCAAAGUACAACCUUGGGUGGAGAAAUACCGGCCCAAAACCCUCAGCGAUGUCACGGCCCAAGACCACACCAUUACCGUCCUCGAGCGGACGCUCCAAGCCUCCAAUCUCCCACACAUGCUCUUCUACGGCCCCCCAGGAACAGGCAAAACAUCCACCAUCCUAGCCCUCGCCAAAGAACUCUACGGCCCCGAGCUGAUGAAGACCCGGGUCCUCGAGCUCAACGCCUCCGACGAGCGCGGCAUCUCCAUCGUACGCGAGAAAGUCAAAGACUUCGCCCGCACCCAACUCACCAACCCACCGCCGGGAUACAAGUCGCGGUACCCGUGCCCACCCUUCAAGAUCAUCAUCCUCGACGAGGCCGACAGCAUGACGCAGGAUGCCCAGAGCGCCCUGCGCCGCACCAUGGAGACGUACAGCAAGAUCACCCGGUUCUGUCUGAUCUGUAACUAUGUCACCCGCAUCAUCGACCCGUUGGCCAGCCGUUGCAGCAAGUUUCGCUUCAAGAGCUUGGACCAGGGGAAUGCGCGGCGUCGGUUGGAGGAUAUUGCUAGGCUGGAGGGCGUGCCGGUUGAGGCGGGUGCCGUGGACGCGUUGAUCAAGUGUAGCGAAGGGGAUUUGCGGAAGGCCAUUACCUUUUUGCAGAGUGCGGCUAGGUUAGUCGGCGCUAAUGCUCCUUCUGGUGGUGCUGCUGGCGCGGAUGGGGACGAAGGCAGUGAUGACAAGAUGGAUGUGGACGGGGAACAACAAAAGACAGUUACAGCCAAGGUUGUGGAGGACAUCGCGGGUGUGAUCCCGGAUGACACGAUCCAAAGCCUGGUCAAGGCCAUGCGGCCGCGGGCUGCGGGCGAGACGUACCAGGCGAUCGCGAAUGUGGUGGAGGAGAUGGUGGCGGAUGGAUGGAGCGCGGGGCAGACCAUGACACAGCUACACCAGGCGGUGGUCUACGACGAAACGAUCCCGGAUGUGCAGAAGAAUCGGAUCGUGAUGGUGUUUUCGGAGAUUGAUAAGCGGUUGGUGGACGGCGCAGACGAGCACUUGUCGAUACUCGAUCUGGCGCUGCGUAUCUCGGGGAUUAUGGCUGGACGGUAG